CUUAAUCCUUUAAGCGUUGAAACAAAAAAAAAAUCAUUCUCAUCUCGCCCCAUCAUUCAAGAAUCUGAUCGUAUUUUUCUGGGCUUCAUCAUAUUCCGAUUUCAGACUAUUUUUUCCUUUAAUCGGGGUGAUUUAGAACAGAGAUCACACGUUAUAUGAGUAAUUUAUUCGUUACAAAACGGGUAUGCUCAAAAACUAUUUGAUCAAUUGCCUCACUGAGAACUUCAAAUUCUGUUUUCUUCAAAAACCAAUCUGAAAUCAUCACUUCUCUUGAUACAAAUCCAUGGCGGCUGCUAUAGAUGCAUACAACUCCGGAAACAGUCAAGUUUUUUGCUCCGAUUCCUGCAGAGAAGAGCUUAUGCAAGCACUCCAACCUUUUAUGAAAAUUUCUCCUUCUCCCCAAAAUCAGAGCCAAUUUUCGGGCUUUCUCGGGCCGAAGCCCGCCCCGAUGAAGCAGCCCCCGAAGCCCGGGAAGCUCUACCGGGGAGUGAGGCAGAGGCACUGGGGCAAAUGGGUCGCCGAAAUCCGGCUCCCCAAAAACCGGACACGCCUCUGGCUCGGGACCUUCGACACGGCCCAUGAGGCCGCCCUGGCCUACGACAGGGCGGCCUUCAAGCUCCGAGGGGAAUUCGCGAGGCUGAAUUUUCCUCACCUAAAUCACCACGAAUUCAAACCUUUGCAUUCGUCAGUUGAUGCAAAGCUCCAAGCCAUCUGUGAUGGCUUGGCAGAGUCUCGGAAACAGGGGAAAACAGAGCAUAGCUGUGAUUUUUUGACAGAGACCGAUGCCUCCUGCCUCCGGGUGAGUGUGAAAUUGGAGGCCUCGCCACCGGAAUCGGAGGCUGCUUUCUUGGGCUUCUUCUCAGAGCCUUCUUUUGGUGAAUGUGACAAUUUGCUUCUUGAGAAAUACCCCUCAAUUGAGAUAGAUUGGGCUUCUCUCUAAGGUUUGAGGAAAAUUAGUUGUUUUUUUUUUGAAGUAUAUUUGUGGCAUUCUGCAAUGAAGUUUUUGGCAUGUGCUGAUUUUGUU